ACUGCGUUUUUUCGUCGGUGAUGGAUUCAACACCUUAACCAUUAAGAAUAACCAAAAACCCCUUUACUUCUAUUUCACAAAAUCACAAUUACAAAUAUUUCAUCAUAAUUCAUAACCCCCUCUCUCAUUUUCUCUCUCUAAACUCUCAACAAACUCUCUCUCUCUUUUCUCUCUCUAAACCGUUACAACAAACCAUCACAAUGUCCUCCUCCGCACCACCCGUUCUCCCCGUCGCCACCAACCCUCCUCCACCACCAUCCACUGUCAGCACCGGAUCCGACGCUCCCGUCAACUCCCCCGCCGUCCGCGUCCUCUUCAACAACCUCUCCGAGUCUCUCCGCCACGGCCUCGCCCUCCGCCGCCCCUGGACAGAACUCAUCGACAGAUCCGCCUUCUCCAAGCCUGAAUCGUUCUCCGAAGCCACUCUCCGCGUCCGCAAAAACUACUCCUACUUCCGCGUGAAUUACUACGCGAUCGUCGCCGGGAUCCUCGCCGUCUCUCUCCUCACGAAUCCGUUCUCUCUCAUCCUCCUCCUCGGCCUCCUCGCUUCCUGGACGUUUCUCUACCUCUUCCGUCCCUCCGAUCGGCCUCUCGUUAUUCUCGGCCGCACUUACACCGAUUUCGAAACCCUAGCGAUUCUCUCUGGACUCACUCUUAUCGUUGUGUUUCUCACCAGCGUUGGUUCUGUUCUCGUCUCAGCUUUAAUGCUUGGUGUUGCUGUUGUUUGUAUUCAUGGAGCAUUCCGUGCACCGGAGGAUCUUUUCCUUGAUGAGCAGGAGAAUUCUCAGGCUACCGGAUUCCUAUCAUUCCUCCGCGCUCCUGCUGCAGUCGGCGUUCCUGCCGCCGCCGCACGCGUUUGAGUGAAUUGAAGAUAUCUUGAAUCUGGUAAUGUGACGGUUUCUUUAUUCUGAUCCGUUGAAUUUUGGUAAUAUUGGAGAAAGCAAUGCUGAAAAAAAUAAAAAAAUUAGUUUCGUAUUUUGUAUUUUUUUAAUUCCAUGAUCUGUAUUGACAAAUUGGAUUUAUAUAAAUAUAGGUAAAGAUGAAUGUUGGAUAUUAUAUGUACGGAUUUUGUUAUUUUGAUUUUGUAUUAUACAUGAUUUGGUUAUGUUGUUGAUGGAUC